CUUUUGCUAGGAACAUUCAUCAACAUCCUUGGCCCUAGGCCGGUUGCUACUUGUAGCAGAUUUCUAACGUGCGGCACACACGAGGACUUCGAUCACGUGCGCCUUGGGUGCGGGGUCCAGUGCCCUCUACCAGCUUGAGCCUGUUUCCAGGAGGCUGCACCUUCUCACCAACCCUGCGAUCACGUUGCUCUACCACAAGUGCAGGACGUGGUCUUGCCAAAAAGGUUCACGCUGCCCGGGCUGCCUACCUUGAGCUGACAGGCCGGCCUUGAGGCAUGAAUCAGAACAUCGGGCAGCUGACAGCUGAACAACCAAGAUCACCCUGAGACAGCGCUAGUUUCUGUGGAUCGCGAUGUGCUACGACAGUGGCCGCAACUCGCAAGCACAGUGAUUCCACGACAUGAUGUACGAGUAUUUGUUCUAAAGACUUUUAGAAAGCCAAACAGACCAAUGGCCCAUCUUCGAAGUCAGAAAGAAGAUGAGCUACACAUGUGUAACCUGUGCCCAGAAAGCUUUCCUUCAAUGCCCAGCAUUCUAGAGCACAUGUCCGGAAAAGCAACGAAAACGUGGUUUCACUGCCCGCUUUGCGUAUGUUCGUUUUCAAGGGCAGUUUGGCUUCAACGCGAUAACGCGCACAUACAUGAAGCUAAUGUAUCUUCUUCGGACUCAGAUGAAAAUCAUCAGCACCAGAAAGCCUCAAGUGAAGGGACAUGCACGAAAUAUGCCACGGCUGAAGCCCCCAAUUUUCAAUCUGUUUUACUCGAGCAUGUAAUCGCCGACCAUCCAGAGGAAAGGCGCCCACCAGGACGCCAAGAUUGUGACGAGGCUGUUCUGUUGUCAGAGCAAUUUGCUCACUGCGCUGAUAGCCCAUUCACCGAAAGAAACGACGCUUGCUAUUACAGCGGUAAAAGCAGCGGAAGUUGCCCACUGCUGAACUGUCGCGAAAUAGCAUUGCAUAGAAAGUGCCUCAGCGAUACCAUUCCCUACUACAGCAGUGAAAGUGAUGAAGAUUUGAUUGCCCGUUUGCUUGACGACAUUCAGGAGGAGAGUCGUGAGACAGACAUUUCUUUUAAUACUGGGCUCAGUGAAGGUGCACACGGAGGAAAAAAUACCAGCAACCACAAGUGCACUGGGGGUGGCGGAAUAGCACUAGAAGCGUAUGACCAACAGCAGGGUACUAGAAGUAUGAUCACCAGCAGGGUACUUUCGGCUGUGUGGCAGCGACCCAGCUCUAUUCCAGCUUUCAGAAAUCACCCGACGACCCCAUUAUCCAUCGUCCCACUGGAAUACGCGGCAGCGACGCACAGUUCGAGAGCGACGGACGCCUCUAUGCUUCAAGCAGUGCAUCCAGCCGUUGCGAACGUGUAAGCGGGAUGCACGUAAAACAGGAGCGUGCAGUAUCGCGCAACGCACGUCCGCCAAUUCAGCCAGUGUCAUCCCAGAAGAGGAAACAGCCCCAAGAGUGGUUUUUGUGCCCUCACUGCGGCAAGGAGUUCAACCAGAAGUCCACAUUCGGCAGUCACGUCGCGACGCACAGCGCCGUCAAGCCUCUUCCCUGCACGUUCUUCUCGCACCACCUUCCGCACCAGAACUCGCUGAAUGGACACUGCCGGAUUCAUGCCAUCGAAAGCCUGGUGGAGCCGAAAAGUCAUUGUUCGAACACGCACGACGCAGUCGAAACGUUGAAUCCGAAUACAUUUAUGCUGAAUAGCCAACGUGAUCACUUCCGCGAGUGCACUGAUGCCGAGACCGCUGCUACCUGUCUUGUGUCCGCGGAGGGCGCAGCAGUUGCAAAACAUUCCCAAUGUAUUUUGUCCCAAGGUGAAGGGCUGACAUUUUCAGCCACAGCCUGUCCAAUCGCUGCUGCAAAGGGUGGAAAAGCUGUGAAGGAGCAAGACACAUUUUUCGGCCACCUUCAGAGAGAAUCGAAGAACGAAAGAGACACAGAUACGCCACCACAGGUCAAGGAAAAAGUGGAAGCUGUCCCGGAGGAGCGCCCUCAUCGUCGCUUCAAGUGCCACCUGUGUCCACGUGACUUCGCCCAGAGGGGCAGCCUGCGCGACCACCUGAAGAGCCACUGCGGUGGCAAGUUGUACGAGUGCCACCUGUGCCCGCAGACUUUCCUGUACUUGUCCAACAUGCGCCGCCACGUGAGGCACCAUUCGGGUGAGAAAGAGUUCCAGUGUGGACACUGCGGACGCCAGUAUAAGAGAAGGGAUAGCCUCCGCUACCACAUGACACGCAUGCACAGCUCACGGCUGCCCGCGGACACUUGUACAUCAAAGAGUGUGCCCUAGAAGAGGUGCACCCUAGCCUACAGUAUCGUGGGCCCAGUUUGCGCACCAGAAUGCAGCUAGAGGCCAGCUGUAAGCUCGAAGCGAUCUCGAGAGCGAGCGCAAUGCGGCACUAGACACACAUUCUCUGCCAUCGAGUACGCUAGACUGCACUGAGGACCAUUUCAUCGAGCUCCGUUCUGGCUGGUUACGUCGUCAUACCAUGUGCCACUAAGCCUUCUGUGCUUGCUCUGCGCGAAGCAAUUGCAAUUUAUUUUGUCAACAAGCAUAGUAUUCAGUUAUUCUGAUGAGGCUGGAUGCCGCGCCCAUGCACGGAACAGUCGAUUCAAUACCGCCACUGUAGAGGCGGUGGUGGUUGCUUUCGUUAUUUUAUGGUUUAUGCGCCAGAUGGCUGGAUUAGAGGCAAACACAAUGCCAGGGAUUGCGUGUCGCUACGUAGCAAUUUUAGAUUUUCAAGGACCGGAAAAUUCAUUUCUCGAUUUUACGGACUUCCUGACUCAACGAAAUAUUUCGA